CCUAAACCCUACCAAGUGCGGCGGCUUUACUGCACUCCCAUCUUCCACGGCCUUUCAGCUCCAGAGAUGAUCAUCAAUGCUCUUCGACUCGGCAUUCCAUCGUAUUUCAUGAAACGCUAUGAUGAUGUCCUAUAUCCUCAAAAGAUCCAGGAGUUCAAUAUCACAGAGACUUUUGCUCCGCCACCAAUGAUGGUCAGGCUUAUAAACAACACAUCUGAAGCGCGGAAGCAGCUCCAGUCACUUCGCACGAUUUAUAGCGGUGGCGCGGCGCUGGUACCAGAGUUGAGAGCCAAAUUUCUUAAGCUUUUUGAUCAGACCAACCCUCCGCGAAUCACUCAAGUCUGGGGUAUGAUGGAGUGCGGCUGGAUGACAACUUUCAAGUAUCCAGAGAGCGAUGACACAUCCUCUAUUGGUCGCUUAUUGCCUGGUUGUGAGAUCAAGUUGAGCACAACUCGUGAGACAUUGCCAAGCGGCAAGGAGGUCGGCGAAAUAUAUGCCCACAGCCCCUAUGGCAUGUCGUGCUACUGGGGUAACGAGGAAGCGACCGAACGAGCGUUUGAAGAUAAAGAGCACUACUGGCUGAAAACGGGAGACAUUGGUUAUGUUGAAAAUAGGAAAGUGUACGUGGUGGACCGCGAGAAAGACAUAUUCAAAGUCAAUGGCUUCCAGGUAGCUCCUCCUGAGCUCGAGGAUGCAUUUAUGGCAUUGCCUGACGUGAGGGAUGCUGGAGUUAUCGGUUCCGGUUCCAAUCUGGAGUCUGGAGAGCAUCCUAUAGCGUUUAUUGUACGUGCUCAUCCGAAUGUUACCGCCGAGGAGCUGAAGCAGCAACUGUGUCACCGCCUUACCCGCUAUAAAGUCAAUUACUGCGAUAUUCGGUUUAUUGAUGCUAUUCCGAAGAGCGUGACCGGGAAGAUUCUAAAGAAUGAGUUGCGCAAGCUCGCUGCGUCAUGAGGUGGGACGACGCUAUCCUGAGUGAGCCGGGGGAAGAAGUCUGAUAGUAACGAAUGGUACUGGCCGGUUGAACUUUGCAGAAGGGAUUGGGGGCACAGAUAGUGACGAGACGCGUUUUAGAAAGUAUAAGUACAGCAACGCCGAACCUAGACAAGAGCAGAAACGAACAACGGCGAGUGUGGUGAAGUGCAGGGAUCUUUUAAGGAGCAAGGUACACUGACAGAUUUGUGAGCCAGUCAGAUAUGGAAGGCUUUGUACUCCUUAUUCAUCACCAAUUCACAUCUCUUUCCAAGGAGGUUUCUCGUUUCUCAUAGCACCGUCAUUCAUACAGAUUCAAAGGGCGUUUGAUAUCACGUGAUAUGAAUUAAGGUAGUAAGGCAUCAGUAAGGCAUAAAGGCCACACGCUCCAACGCAAACUUGUCACUACUGAUUUCC